AUGUAUAUUACGAAUUAUUCAAGAACACUAUACCCUAUGUUAUUGAAGAACAUUAUGUUACUAUUAUGAAAAUGAGAAGCUGUUGGUAGGGUUUAUUAUUUCACACACAGUCCCUCCCCCCGAUUUUCCAAAACCCACAAAUCUACUCUUUCCCGGUAAACUUGCUAAUUUCGAUCGUUUUCUUCAAUCUUGGCUCGCAUUUUCUCCAUCUCCUGUUCAAAUCUGGACACCUGCUUAGCUCACCUCUUCGUUCUUCAUCUUCUUGUACUGUGUGUUCGAGUGAUUUCUUUUAUGCUUUUUUUUUCUCUCUUUGGUGAUUAAUGUUUUAUAGCUUUCCCAUUUUUUUGGUGGAAUUUCUCUGCGAAUAUGCUGAAAUUAGUCGAAAUGUGGGGAGGAGAAGAACAGAUGCUAACACUGAGAUUCUAGUUAUGUUGAUUUUGUUAUUUUUCAGGAUUUAAUUGAGCUUCAUUUUUGCAUAUCUCGCUUUAGAUGCUUUUUUCCGGUAUAUCUGUUCUUGUUUAUUUUGUGCUAUCUUAUUCACUUCUUUUUUCUUUUUUCAUUUUUUUUGCUAUUUUGCGCUGGUUGUUUAGAUUCUUGACAUUGUGCAUAUGACUCAUUGGGCGUGGUUUGAGCUUUAGUAAAUGUACUUGAUUGCAGUUGCAGUCCUCGAAAACUUAGUGACUGAUUGUUUCCCUUUUUUGCCUUAUAAUUGAAGCACGAGUAGUUGUAGGAUGUAGACUUCCUCUUUAGACUGAUUGCAUUGUGGAGAAAUGAAGUUUCUGUAAUUGUUGAGGGUAUAUGCGCUUCGUAUUCAUCGUGUCUCUAUUGUAAAGAUUAUUAUUAAUCAGACCCUCGCGCCACGUUCUUCAGAUUUUACUCUCUGGCUUUGCUGUGUGUGUCUAAGCCAUGCAAGCCGUCAAGGUUGGCUGGGCUGGGCAAGUAUUUGCUCUUGCCUCCAGCAAUGACUCUGGUGGGAAGAAGACACGGGUUAGACGGUCAAAAGAGGAGAGGAAGCUGAUAGCUGAGUCUUUUAUAAAGAAAUAUCAGAAUUUGAAUGAUGGGAAUUUCCCAUCCCUCAACCUGACACACAAAGAAGUUGGUGGUUCUUUUUAUACAGUCAGGGAGAUUGUUCGAGAGAUUAUUCAAGAAAAUCGAGUCUUAGCCCCUCCUAAAGUGUCUCAAGAAGAACAUGGCCUUUCUGGAUUAUUGGAACAGCAUCCAUUAGGAUCUAUCUCAAUGGAACCAACUGUCGACUUGUCAGUAUCAGAUAGAGGUGAUGUGAUAACGCACAUUGCACCCAACGAGAUUCAGUUUUCGAGUGCAGAAAAUGAUACAGCUUUCAGUGAAUCUUACAAGUUGGCUGAGCAAAAUGGAGGUUCUGAUCGAACAAGUGAAAGCUAUCAUGUACCUAGUCAUUAUCGAGAAAAAAGCAUGGAAGAGGUGUCAAACUCACCUCAAACGAAAAGUCACAACAACCUUGAGGAAAAUAUUGUGAAGGGUUUUGUGGUGGCUGAUCAUAACAAAAAUACUGAUGAGGGUCAAGGGAGUCAAAUGCUUAGUAAUGAGCAGUAUCACGUUAAGAACGAGCACACAGUUUUCAAGGAUAAAGAAUUUGGGGAAAGAAUUUAUAAUGAGCCCACGGCAAUCAACACUCUGAAUCAAGAGAAACUCGAAGCUCAAACUGUAGAAUCGUCUCCUUCUUUUAACUCUCAUACUAACUCUGAUAUAGUGGUGGAAACAUUUCCGUUGAGGCCUGUACCUACAACAAUUGACAAAAUGGCUGGAGAAUCUGGUAAACAACAAGAGGCAGCUGAAACGCUUGAAGAUAAGGGAAUGUGGCAAGAAAAGAAGACAUUUACCCAGAGCUCUUCUAGUUUUGUCAGUAAGAAAACUGACGAAAAUAGGCAUCCAGAUUCAGCAGUGGAAGUGAAUGGUGAAAACAGGGAUGCAAAAGUGGUGCUAAAUCUUCAAGGCCCAUCAAUGGAAAAUGCCAAACCCAAUGAGCUUGAUACAGGUAGCAUUGGAGAGCUUGUGUCCAAGGUUUUGUUGCCUGAUGGUGCUCAGGCCAGCAGUUCUAGCAAAACGUUGAUAUCUGAGGACUCCACUGCAGUUGUAGGAAAAUCCAGAGAUCGAAAUGAUAACAGCGUGGCAAAGGGAAACAAUCCCACACUGGACAGAAUCAAUCUAGAAACUUGGGAUAGAGCAGCAAGGAAAUCUCCUCAACCUGAAAGUAAUCCGCUCCUGGCAUUUGUGAAGUCGAUAAUCUCUUCGUUUGUGAAGUUUUGGACCGAGUAAUUCUCAUUUUCUCCGUGCUCUCCUUUGAGCAAUUCUUGAUAUUGGUCAGCCUUUUAGAUGUUUGCGGUGGCGUGAUGCUCUCCACAGAGUUGUUGUUUGUUGCUAGUGAUCUGUUUGAAUUCAAGAAUAUGGGUCUGUUUUUUCACUGGGAUUAUUUUCUGCCGUGUUCGAAUAGAAGAUGUUUGACCAGUAAUGCUUUUUGUAAAAUUACUAGUCAUAUGAUAUGAUCUUGGUAUAAUAUUGGAGGUGUAUAUAUGUGAAUGAUACUAGUAGUAUUUUUAUCAAA